AUGGAAACUACUCUUCCGCUGCCAUUUCUUCCCUUGGUGAAUCUCGAAAAAGGAGCAACUGAAGCAGUGGAGGGGUUGACCAGAGUGCAAUUAUCAUAUCUUGGUUGUGUAUAUUUCUCAGCGAACGAGAAAACAUUCGACACCCUUCUCCAGUUCCUGCAGCGACACUCUUCGGUCGAAGCCUACGUCAAUGUCACUGCCAUUGAUUCGAAAGACGACAUUAUUACAUGUCUGGACGCUGGCGCUCGAAGAGUGUUUGUUAAACUCUCGCUGGCCGAAGAGUUGAAGAGCUAUGGGAACAGGGUUGUUCCUGUUUUGUCCCCAACGGACGACAACUCGUCGACGGCAUCCUUUCCAAACGGCGUUCUAGUUGAUGUCGGGGAAAAGGAUCUUUCUAUUUCGAAGCCACUUCUAGAGAGACUUGUGGCAGACAAGACUUCUCCUGUCUUCCUCGCGACUUCCUCUACGUCCAACCUUCAACCAUAUGUCGAUUUUGCAAUCGAAACAUCUACUGUUCCAAUAAUACCAGCCACCGGCCUGACAGUUGGAGAGCCAAAGGAGAAUCAGGUCUCGGUUCCAGGACUUAUUGGCAAGUUGUGGGUUUCAGACCGGCCGGACAAACUACUGCCAACGGUAGUCACUGAUGAAAGUGGUGUUGCGCUUGGGCUGGUUUAUAGUAGCCAAGAGAGCGUAGCAGAGACGAUAAAGACUGGUAAGGGAGUGUACCAAAGUCGUAAGCGUGGAUUGUGGUAUAAAGGCGCCACCUCUGGCGAUACACAAGAGAUAGUGAGAAUCUCGCUAGACUGCGAUCAGGACUGCUUGAAGUUUGUGGUUCGACAGAAAGGUAGAGGUUUCUGCCACCUUCCGCAGUCGACAUGUUUCGGUGAACUUCACGGUAUAUCCAAACUCGAAAAGACUCUAGUUUCUCGAAAGGCCUCAGCUCCUGAAGGUUCUUAUACAGCCAGACUAUUUUCGGACGAGAAGUUGUUGCGUGCGAAAAUUAUGGAAGAGGCCGAGGAACUAUGCGACGCAAAAUCCAAGACCGAGGUGGCCUUCGAAGCGGCGGAUCUUAUUUACUUUGCUUUGACUAAAGCUGUUGGAGCAGGCGUAAGUCUGGCAGACAUCGAACGCAGCCUCGACGCCAAAAGCAACAAGGUAAAGAGAAGACAAGGUGAUGCCAAAGGGAAAUGGGCUGCUAAGGAAGGUAUUACAAAUGGUGUUAAUGGCGCAAAACCCGAGAAUGUGAAAGAAACCGUUAAGGAAGCAGCCUCAGUACCUAAAUCUCCUUCAGACAAGGCGGGCACAAAAAAUGGAAGAAUCACUAUGAAGAGAUACAAUGCUGCUACCACCUCCGACGAGGAUCUCGGAAAGCUUUUGCAGAGACCUUCUCAAAAAUCAACUGAGAUGAUCAUGGGCAUUGUCAAUCCAAUUAUAAAGGAGGUUCGGGAAGGAGGGGAUAAGGCUCUUUUAAGUUACACCCACAAAUUCGAGAAGGCGACUUCGCUCACUUCCCCGGUCCUGAAAGCGCCAUUCCCGCAAGCUCUGAUGGAUCUGCCUCCUGAGACGAUUGAAGCAAUCGACCUUUCUUUUGAAAAUAUCCGCAAGUUUCACACUGCACAGAGGGAAGAAAAGCCCUUGCAAGUCGAGACUAUGCCAGGAGUUGUUUGCAGCCGGUUUUCUAGGCCAAUUGAGCGUGUAGGACUGUAUGUCCCAGGAGGAACGGCGGUUCUACCUAGCACUGCGCUCAUGUUAGGUGUACCUGCAAUGGUGGCGGGCUGCAAGAAGAUUGUUUUGGCUUCGCCGCCUCGCGCCGAUGGCAGCAUAACUCCUGAGAUCGUCUACGUUGCACACAAAGUUGGCGCUGAGUCGAUUGUAUUAGCAGGUGGAGCUCAAGCGGUUGCUGCGAUGGCGUAUGGGACUGAAAGUGUUACCAAGGUGGACAAGAUUUUGGGUCCCGGUAACCAGUUCGUGACUGCCGCAAAAAUGUACGUUAGCAAUGAUACGAACGCUGGCGUUAGUAUCGAUAUGCCAGCAGGACCGUCGGAAGUUUUGGUCAUCGCAGAUAAAGACUCGAAUCCAGCAUUCGUUGCCUCUGAUCUUCUUUCUCAAGCUGAGCACGGCGUGGACAGUCAAGUAAUCUUGAUUGCCAUUGAUCUAUCCGAGGACCAGCUUGUAGCAAUCGAGAACGAACUACAUGAGCAGGCUACGGCAUUGCCGAGGGUUGAUAUUGUCCGAGGCGCUAUUGAACACUCUGUUACCCUGGUCGUAAAAAGCAUCGAAGACGCUAUGAGACUCAGCAAUGAGUACGCUCCAGAGCAUUUGAUCCUUCAGAUGAAAGACGCCGCAAGUGUAGUCCCCCUUGUUGAAAACGCAGGUAGUGUGUUCAUCGGCGAAUGGACGCCUGAGAGUGUUGGGGACUACUCGGCUGGUGUCAAUCACUCUUUACCAACUUAUGGAUACGCUAAGCAAUAUUCUGGCGUCAAUCUUGCCUCUUAUGUCAAGCACAUUACAUCCUCUCAACUUACUGCACAGGGCUUGCGGAACGUUGGAGGUGCUGUCAUGCAACUCGCAAAGGUUGAAGAGCUAGAAGCUCAUAGAAGAGCAGUCGAAAUCCGGUGGAAGUAUAUGGAUGAGAAUAAGUUGUGA